AUGGUCCAGGCCAGCCACCCCGCCCCCACCUUCGCGUUCCCGAUCCGAACACUGGAGAGCGAUCGCGUCAGGCUCGAGCCCUUCUCCGCCGGCGCACACGCCCCCGCCUUCUGGGAAGGGACCCGCGCGCACCCCGCCCUGUACGACUUCCUCCCCUGGGGACCCUUCGUCGACCCCGCCGACCUCCUCGCCACCCUCGUCGACCCCGCCGCCGCCGCGCCCGACCGGCUCCUCUUCGCCGUCCUCGACAAGUCCCCCGCUCCCUUUCCACCUCCCUCUCCCUCUCCCUCAUCCUCGUCCUCCUCACCAUCGCCCUCACCCGUCUCUGUCCCGUAUCUCGCCGGCAUCACGGGGUACCUCCACGCGGACCCCUCGAGCCUCAGCGUCGAAGUCGGCUUCCUCGUCGCGCUCCCCGCCUCCCAAGGGCGCGGCCUCAUGUCCGCUGCGGUCGCGCUCCUCGUGCAGUACGCGCUCCGCCUGCCCUCGGACCCCGAGCGCGGGCUCGGGCUGCGGCGCGUGCAGUACCAGGCGCACACGGAGAACGCGCGCUCGAUCGCGCUCGCGAAGCGGCUGGGGUUCGUGUUCGAGGGCGUGCAGCGGUGGCAGCGCGCGCUGGCCCUGGGGAAGCGGGGCAACGGAAAGCCGGUGAGGGAGGGUGAUCCAGGCGAGGGGAGGGUAGGGAGGGACUCGGCGGUGUUGGCGCUGUGUUGGGACGACUGGGAGGAGGGUGUGAAGGAGAAGCUUUGUGUUCCGGGGUGGGAGAUGUACGCGGCUUAG